AGCGCCACUGGGAGUAUGGAUGCUCUCCCUCUCUCCCCACUUCUGUUUUUUUUCACUCUUCUGACGUCAGCAACCUGCAAUUGAACGGACGCACUAACGAACGACCGAGCCCCUACCGGAGCUACCGGGAGGCAGUAACGUUACAGAGCGAGUAUCCCGCCGCCCGUCUCGGAGGAGCCAAACGGAGGAAACGUCCAGUGUGAGCCCGCCGUGAGAACCCCGUGCUGGAAUCAAACGAUGCGAGCGCUGCUCACCGCCGCCCAGUAACACACACUAACGCCGAGUGGAGAAGAAGAGAACCGUUACCGUGAUUUACCGACAGAACCCCAGAAGAGAGGACGGAGGACGGACGGACAGACCGCCACCGAGACCACGCUUGAGAAACAAACAACCGCGGUGGCUACAUCGAGCUGUGUUCGCGCUGUGGAUCAAACCCGAGUGGAUCCUUGAUUUAAAUGCUUUAACGGUGCCGUUACCCCCGGCUCGAGAGCGCGAGAGAGGGAGCUGCCCAGAGAGAAAGCCAGAGAGGGAUCACAGAGGGAUCGAAGGCUCAGCACAAAAAAGGAGGAAAUAAACCAAGAAGGGAGGAUUUGCAACCAGCUUUGUUUCCACGCACAAGUUUCAUUGAAUCCACCCUUUUUAUUGCCUUUUUUUCUUCCGUGGAUCCCGGUAUCGGUAACGCUAUCAAGCUGUGUUCUCUAACCAUGGGAUGUACUCUGAGCGCAGAGGAGAGGGCGGCUCUGGACCGGAGCAAAGCCAUCGAGAAAAACCUCAAGGAGGACGGUCUGACCGCGGCCAAAGAUGUUAAACUGCUGCUGCUCGGGGCUGGAGAGUCAGGGAAAAGCACCAUCGUCAAACAGAUGAAGAUCAUCCACGAGGACGGUUUCUCUGGCGACGACGUAAAGCAGUACAAGCCUGUUGUUUACAGCAACACCAUCCAAUCUCUGGCUGCCAUCGUCCGUGCCAUGGAUACACUGGGCCUGGAGUAUGGUGACAAAGAACGGAAGGCGGAUGCUAAGAUGGUGUGCGAUGUGGUCAGUCGUAUGGAGGACACAGAGCCUUACUCUGCCGAGCUGCUGUCCGCCAUGAUGCGCCUGUGGUCCGACUCAGGCAUCCAGGAGUGUUUCAGCCGCGCCCGCGAGUACCAGCUCAACGAUUCAGCGCAGUACUACCUAGACAGCCUAGAUCGGAUUGGUGCGGCAGACUACCAGCCCACAGAGCAGGACAUCCUGAGGACCCGAGUGAAGACCACAGGCAUCGUCGAGACACACUUUACCUUCAAAAACCUUCACUUCAGGCUGUUUGAUGUGGGAGGUCAGCGGUCGGAGAGGAAGAAGUGGAUCCACUGUUUUGAGGAUGUCACAGCUAUCAUUUUCUGUGUGGCGCUCAGCGGUUACGACCAGGUGCUGCACGAGGACGAGACCACGAACCGCAUGCACGAGUCUCUGAAGCUGUUUGAUUCCAUCUGUAACAACAAGUGGUUUAAGGACACCUCCAUCAUCCUCUUUCUGAACAAGAAGGACCUCUUUGAAAGCAAGAUUGUCAAGUCACCACUGUCCAUCUGCUUCCCUGAGUACACUGGUCCAGACACUUACUUAGAGGGAAUAGACUACAUCAAGGGUCAAUACGAGACUAAGAACAAGUCACCCAGCAAAGAGGUUUAUUCCCAUGUGACCUGCGCUACAGACACCAACAACAUCCAGUUUGUCUUUGACGCUGUCACUGAUGUCAUCAUAGCAAAUAAUCUGCGGGGGUGUGGCCUAUACUGAUGAUGCUGUUAAAUGUUAGCCAACGGAUGGAGGAUGUUUGACUUGUGUUUAACUAUACGGUACUAGUUAGGAUAUGUGGCCUUUAUCACUGAUGUCAUCAUAUGAUAGCCUGUCAAAUAAGAGGUAUGGGCUGUGUUUGUGAUGUCACCAUACUGCUUUACCGUAAAGCUAGCCAUUGGUCCAACUUGACUCUUAAUUAAUGAAUUCAUUGGUUGUGUGGUUUAUUGGUGCGCUGAGACUACUUUUACUGUAUUAUUUUACUUCCUGCUUAAGAAGAACCAAAUCCCAGUAACUUUGUGCCUUUAAUUGUACCAAAACUCUACAUCUUUUGUCGGUGUGCUGCAGAAAUCAUGCGCAAUACCUGCAGUGGACCCUUCUGGGAUACAAGGCUCCUGAGAUUUGUUUGUACAUACAGUAGUGCCGUACUCAAAGAACUAGACUGAUUGAUAAGUAACUGCGGGGGGGUUCAACAGUACUCCAAAAAACUGGUAUAAUGGGACUCAUUUGUUUACCCCAAAGUGUUUUUAAUCACUGUAGUUUGAAUUUGAGAUGUCACUCUUCUUUGCUUUAGACUUAUGCCUUAGUUACAUGAGGGGCAGUACGUUCUUUAACUACAGGGUCAUGUUCAAUUCACUCUAAGUUUACGUCAGAAAGAUGUUCUCCAGAUUUUAUGUGCAUGAGAUAUUAAAACUGUUGACAAGAUUAUGACCAAAUGUUAAGUCAUUAGAAAAAAAACAACUUCUUUUUGUAUAUAUUUUUCCAAAAAAGCUUUUCUGCACGCCUCCCUUGUUAUUCUGCAUGUUGAGUAAUAUGUUUUGUUUUCUGAUGACAGUCUCUGAUGUAUGCAAUGUGCUGGGUAGUGUCUCGCUAGUGCUUUGUUGCACUAAACUGUGCUCUUUUAAAGGUAGACUGUGCAGGAAUUGUCGGCUAAUAUUGUAAAUGGUAUUGCUAGGGAAAGUGAAAGUGAGAGCCAAGUCCAGAGUCCCUCUUGUUUGCUAUAUUUACGUUUUUGGCAUCCACAAUUUUCAUAGCUUCCUCUCAGAUGUAUGCUGCUUACAGUCUUGCACCUGGUGGCCUCCUUUUUAUUAAGUCCUGACCUCACUGCGCACUGUGCCCAGGAAUGUCCAGACCAAAUGAGAAGAAAAUUCAGGCAGAGGGCAGAGUCUCUGCAGAUAAAUACUCCACCACACAGUUCUAGUGGGUCAAAGUGAUGAUUGAAGAUUACUUCUGUUUAUACUUUGUUUUUUUUUAGGAAAAUCAUGUAUAGUAUAGUUUUAAUUAUGGAGCUGCAAAAUAAUCAAUAUUUAAUCAGUGGGACAUUAUGAUUAAGUCAUCAUAUGCAUAAAUACAGAGAAAAGGAUGAAGCAGUCAUUGUGAAAUUGUUCAACAAAGUCAAACCUAACUUAUUAUUGUCAAGUUUAUAAUAAUUUCACAGUGAUAUUUUCCUUUUUGCUUCAUAGCAGUGGCUGAGCCUCCACCAUAUGAUGUGAGAGAGGGCAGGGGAAUAGUAGCAGUCACACAAUCAUUAAAAACAUGUUAUGCUAUUAAAAAAGAGAGAUUUAAAAAGGUGAUGAAAUAACAUUUCAGUAUAAAAAGUUUGAAAUAUUUAUUGAAUAAGUUUACAUUGAAUUUUUCGUAUUUUAUCCUAGUCAUAUGUUUCUCAUCUAGUCAUAAUAAUGUGUCACGUUAUAAUGUCUUAUUCACUGGUUUAAUACUGCUCAUUUUGUAGUUCCAUUCUGAACAGUGUGACGCCUUGCUUAACAUAAGGAUUUAAGAAGUAGGACCAAUUAAUAACGCAGUGCUCGUUCAUCUUGUCCUGCCCUCCGCUGGCCUCAAAGAAACACACGGUCUCACAACAGCCUGAGGUCAGCUUCCCUUCAGCAAAGCCUUGCUCACUGAAAACCUGUGUGAGGUUGAAGAUUAUCAGAGUGGACUGCUCCCAGUAUUAAAUGUAAUUAGACCAAAGGUGAUUCCACUCAUUAAAUACAUGUCACAUGUUCUUCAGUCAUUCUUAAGUCACAUUUCUCUUUAUUUUACUGUAUUUUCAAUUGAUGGCACUUAGGUUGCCAUUAGUUCAGAUUUUAAAGGCCUAGUAGGAUUUGAACAUCUCUGACAUUAACGACUCCCACUGGUGCUAUCAUAAGGACGCUGUGGUAACAGCCCCAAUGAAUGAUUGCAGCAGUUUUGAUGAUGAUGGUCUCAUUUUUCUUCAAAAAGAUUCAGAUAAUUUGAAAGAUGCUAUCAUCACAGCAUCACAUACACAUUGGGCUUUAAAGGGGAAUGCCACCUAAAUUCAGAAUUCCAUUAUGUUAUUACCAUGUCCUUGGAAAAUUCAACCAGUAUUUGUGUCAAUGAGCACUUCUCUUUUAGAGCCAAAAACCAAAGAAGUAAGUCUCAAACUUAGGAUGUAAUCAGGUAUAAAGUCUGGAGCUGCUCCAUAGACAAUGAAUGGGAUUUUGUGGACCCAUGUUUGUAUUCUUUUUAUACCCAUAUGAGCUUUAUUCUAUUGUAGUGUUUUCAGGUCUAAAACAGAAAAUGUACCCAUAUACUUAAAACAUUCUGGAACAUCUUUCACCUUCCCCUGUCAAUAGAGCAGCCACACACUUUAUACCCUAUGACAUUACACAUUUGAGUUUGAGCACUCUAGCCUCUUUGUUUGGGAGAGUUGUUCAUGUUUACUUAUGUCUGGACUGUCUAAGACCAAAGGAAUAUCAUGUGUGAAUUUUAAAAUGAAUAUUGUUCCCCUUUGAGAAGAAAGUAAAAAAGAAAGAAAGAAAAAAGUGAUUUAUUUUCUAUUUGGUGGUGUCAUUUGACACAGCACAGACAGUUCAGUAAUGUUGUUAAAAACCACGGAGCAUUAGUCAUGGUUUGAGCAAUGGUUGUUAUCAUUUUGUUGAAAACUACCCAGCAGGGGUUCAUACAACAGCAGUGAGAUUGUGUGUUUCUAUGUUGCAGAGGAACAGUGUUAUUAGUGUUUUGGCCUUGGGUGCAUUUCAUUUGGGAAUACAUUUGUUUUGGUCCCUGUAGAAGGAUAUAAUUGAAAAUGCACCUCUGAUCUAAGAUAAAAGAGACCAGCAAUAUAGUUUAUUUAUUUCCCCUUUAUCUUAAAUGUAAAUUCAUAUUUAAAUUUAUAGGAAAGAAGUUGCUAUUUUUUUCCAGCCAUCAUUCUUCAUCCCUGUUGAUGUCACCUCUGGUCAUAUUUUAGGAUUGAUUUUCCCGGCUCUCAUGUUGCAGCAUUCAUGGGUCUACUAUGAAAUCACUUUAAAUGAAGAGCUUCAAGAGUUAUCGUUCUGACUCACCCAGACUAUUCCCAGAUAAUGCUUCAGAGGAGGCAUUGAUUUUAUAGGGCCCUGGGGCCCAAUCCAAAGUGGGGCUGCACAGUGUAAUAUCCCUACUGUCCACCUCUCUGCCUUAAUAAGCCAGAGGUGAGCUCAGAAAUACUGUGUGCUGGUGAGUACAUAUAGUCCUCUGGGACUACAAUGUCAACCUUGUGACUAUUGUUUUCGCCCCGAUGUUACGCUUUCCACUGAGUGAGUUCCAUUUCUGCUGGAUGGUAGUCGUCCCAGAGCUGCUGUUGGAUUAAGGUUUGAUGUGGUGCAUGGCUUAGUUGAAAUGACAAAGUGGAAAGUGUGCAAUUUGUGGGAACGGUUCAAAUUUGAGCUGCUGACAUUAAAGCCAGAGUGUUGCAUAUAAUACCAGGAAACACCAUCAGCUCCUCCCUUCUAUCUUUGUAAGCAACAGUUUACAGCAGCAUAUAGAAACAGAGCUUUGUUUGUCUGUGGGACUGAGCUGAGUGUGUGUGCAGCUUUAUUGCUAAGAGUGCUCUCUGGCAAACAGAGGUAGAGAGCUUCUUUAUUUAUUUAUGAGCUGGGCAUUUGCUUCGUUCCACUCUUCCCUUCCACACUCAAACAGCGAGGGCACGUCUCCACCCACUGCUCAGAGCUGCAAUUUUUUUUAGACAGGUAAAUGACAUCAUCGGCUCUUCCUACCACAUCUGUGCCAACUUUUCCUAAUUAGAGAGCUACCUGAGGCUGUUGAUCAGCCUCUGUGUGUGUGUGUGUGUGUGUGUGUGUGUGAGUGUGUAUCUUGUGUGCAUUUGUGCCUGUUUACCUUUUGUAUAUAGUUACCUACAUGUGUGUCUGUUGAUAGUACAGGAAAGGUCAGUGUGUGUGUGUGUGUGUGUGUGUGUGUGUGUGUGUGUGUGUGUCUGUGUCUGUGUCUGUGUGUGUGUGUGUGUGUGUGUGUGUGUGUGUGUGUGUGUUUGAGAGACAACAUCAGCCCAUGGGGGGUUGUGGGGGAGUCAGUAUCUGUGGAUUAAUUACCCAGAAGGCACCUGUCUACCCUUUCCACACACACAGGCCCUCAACAGACACACACACACAAACACACAGAAGACACAAACACACCCAUGGGAUGUCAAAAUGUCACCUCACUUGCCCAUGCCAAAUAAAACCACCAUUUUCAACCAGAGAGCCUCAGAUGUUUUUUGGUUCUGUUGCCAAACACGAAGUGUGCUGUUAUGCAUAUUGGUCUUUAGGUUAAUUUUGCUGCUCUUUGGUUAACUGGACUGCACAGGUCUGGUAGGAAUUAGCUAGCAGCAGCACUUAUUCGACAGUACCGCUAGUAACACCACCCCAACCCAACAGCGUUGCAUUGAAAACAUUGUGCCCACCCUCCUGUACCCCUCAGGUUACUCUAAAAUUUUGAGCCGCAAAGUAUUGUUAACUGUGUUAUAGGGCUGGGCGAUAAAUCGAUUUUAUUGAUUAAUUUGAGUUUGUAGUUGAGGCCGAUUUGUUUUAAUGAAAAUCGAGUUUCUCUUUAAAAUCUGCCACCGCCGCUCCCCGCUGGGCUCCUGUACUUCAGAGUGGGCUCACCCCUCCCCCCCCGCGCGCUUAAUACACAAACAACAUGGCAGCGAGCGGGGAAGAACUCGUUCUCAAGAAAGGGAACGAGUUCUUCAGCGCUUUUGUGUGCUCACCUGUGUCUGUGUGCUCACGUGUUUGUGUGUGUGUGUGUGGGUGCGCAUCAGGGCCGAACUCCGCCAUGCGCAACACAGAGAGCAGAGGAGGAUUUUAGACGUGCACUGUGUAGGGACAGAAAUGACAUGCCGUUGUGUAAAUAAGAUAAAUAAGUGUUACCAACGCCAAGCUGGCAGACCCCUGAACCGUACUAAAGGGACCUCUGAAGACCAUUAGCUCUUUUAGCUAAUAACUCAAAAACAGCAUGCAGAACUGCGUAGGCUUCUUCACUGUGGCUGCUCGAUGUAAACAACAGAGCACAUGCCUCACUUUCUUCCCGGGGCGCAUCUGUCUGACAUCACACACCACACCCGGCGCACUAACAUCUCAUACUUCCAACAUCAACUACACACAUAGACAGCUCCACACACACACACACACACACACACACACACACACACACACACACACACAAGCCACGCACAUCAGGCUCAGCCUGUAACAUAAGGCUAUUUAGUUUGUUUAAUAAAAGGACAAGGUAUAGACCUGUUCUAUAGUAAAGGUAACCUUAAAUGACUUCUGUUGUGAUCCAGUAUAAUGGUAGGGGAAACACUGCCGUAUGAUAAGAAAGGGGUCCGGUGGAAAGCGAUCACAGAUGCAGUCGCCAUGUAUAUUGCAAGAGAUAUGGUGCCCAUAUAUAGGCUACUGUGGAAAAGCUGGGGUUUAUUCACAUGCUGAAAGUUUUGGACCCCAGGUAUGUGCUACCAGGCCACAAAUAUUGUUUUUGUAAGUAGGAGGGGAAAAAAUCGAUUUAAAUCGUGAAUCGGAUUUGUAGUGAAAAAAUCAGAGAUUUUUAGCCCUACUAUGUUAUUACUAUUAGCUCUGUUAGUUCUAUAAGCAAUGUCAGCAUGGCUAGUGGUGCUAACAUGGAUAAUCAUGUCAAAGGGGUUUUGCGACACAAAACAAGGCUGCAUAUUCACUGGGGCGACCUUAGGGAGACCGAAGGGUAGACUAUGUUUCUGUUGCCACAGCCACCUGCUAGGUAGCCCUAGUGAGUAAGCUUGCGCUGCUAAUUACAAAUAAGUGGCACCGCUAGCUAGAUCCCACCCUGCCUGGGUGGUGCGCAGUGCAGAGCAACGAAGGCUAGCUACCAAAACAGACCAGAGCAUGCAGCGGGCACUAUGUUUCCACAUGUUAACAUGACUAACUGACUCUGACUAACUUUGUCAGACAUUUACAUCACAAAACAAGAAAAUACCGCCACUUGUUAUUGGAUAGUGCUUUGAAAGCUCUGGUUAAUCUCACGUAGUCAGGAGAGUAAAGGGAAAGGUCUCUUGAUGUAUUUCCCUUAAGUUUGCUUUUUUUUCACUAUUAAAAAUUAACCGUUUAGUUACCGGUAAAUGGUUGUUGGGCUGUCAAAAGCCAAAUCAACCAAAACUGACAUUCCUAACCCUAAAAUGGUGUCAAAAUAUGUCCACAUCACAGAUUUUUUUAAUUAACUUUUUUACUUCACUUCCAACGUCUGUCUGUGGUUAAACUGUGCAUAGAAAAACAGUUUUGUAAUUUCCAUAAAGCCAGACAACACUGACAAACAAAUAAACAUUGACAUGCUGAGCAUCUGUGCUAAAUGCUUAGAUUUGGGGGUUAUUUUAAAUGCACAAGACAGCAAAGAUGAAACAAACUAUUCUCAUCAUUUAACAUUUGCACUGAAAUAGAACUGUGCCCUCAUUCAGUAACAUUACAGGAUCUUUCCAUCUGCCUGAAUGCCCUGUCACUGUAAAUGUGUGUUUAAUCCAGCAUUUGUUGAAUGAAUAGUUUUUGUUGACCAACAUCCUCACUUAAUGCAAGGCGGGAGGCUGUGGAGACACCCCUUGCCUAAUUUGUAAUUUUUAUUUAUUUUUUUUUUUUUGAUACAUUUAUGUCCCUGUUUUUAUGCCUGAAAGCCUAGAGAGCAGCCGGCAGUAGACAUGAGCUGCAGAACAACGGGCUGUUGAAAUUUUCAUCCACACUAAGUUAGCAAGCUCCAAUUCACAUUCAGCUGAAAGGACAUGCCUACAUUUGUAUUUGCCCUCAGGGUGGCAGUGGCAAUAUACUGUUCGAGUUUUGUCUUCCAACGUCUUUCAUGCCUGUGUUUUCCUCGGGCAGCACACAGAACAGGAUGUAUCCAUGUUUCUGUUGCACAGAGACUUCAGUGGCAUACCAGAUGCACUUAAAGGCCCAUAAUUGUGUUUUUACAUACAGUAUUGAAAUCACCUAAAUAUAACUUUGACAUGCAAAUAUUUGCGCAUCUUUACCCAGCCCCUGUGAGAGGGUCCACUGAUUCUCAUAAUUCCAUUGGAAUUCACUGAUUUUGCUGCAGAAUUUUGCCAUUUUAAAUGCUGGCUUAUUUUACCAGUAUACUGGCAACACAUUCUCACUCAUGACCUGCAAAUAUGGCGGCUUAAUCAGGGCCUCUGCACUUCAACUAUUACACCCUAAAUAACCCUAAAGUCUUGUGUUUGUUUGACAGCCCAACACCCUUCCCUCCCACCCUAUACAGAUGUUCUCACUCUUCAUACUACAUCACUGCUGCAGAUGGGUUUACGUUUGAGUUAGUCUCAUACUAACAUUAAAGGGUGCCUUGUGGGUUACUAGUUGACAGCAGGGGCUACUGAACAAGCUGCCACAUCCUGGGAAUGAGAAAGGCCUGAUAGAGGACAUAGACUGCAGUAAAUGGACCAAAACAUGCCUACUGUGCUAUUAGAAGUACACACAGCUACCAUUUCUUUAACAUGAGUUUUGGUAUAAAAGUGUGAAAUCAAAAUGGAGGAAAAUAGAAGUGUUAUUUAGGAAUCUUAUCUCUGCUUCAUCCUUGAUAAACUGAACUCUCAUUUCGCUGAUGAGGGACAGACACAUGAUAUGAGAAUGCUGUAGUCCUGCAAGAGCCAAAAAAAAGAUUUCCUUUCAUUGUAUUUGUGCCUGAAACCUAAACCUCUCUCUCUAAUAGCUGGUUUAUAAGGGGAAGACAGAAUUGAUGCUUUCUCUGAGAGGAGCUAGCUAUGAGCAGAUCACGCUCUGUGUGUGUGUGUGUGUGUGUGUGUGUGUGUGUGUGUGUGUGUGUGUGUGUGUGUGUGUGUGUGUGUGUGUGUGUGUGAAAUGGCAUGUAUAUGUGUGUUUGUGCUUUUCACAGCAAGUCGGUACGCCUGAUGAAUUAUCAACAACCAAUGAGAAAUUACAUCAGCGGGCCAAGCUGAGAGGAUAGUGGGUAGUGUAGUUUGUCCCAGCAAUAAAUAAUAGAUUCAUAGGCUGUAGUGAACGAGAGAUUUGUAGGUUAUGUAGAGGAGGUUUAUGGAUACAGUCUCUUUUUUUAGGUGACUGGCUUUGGUGUAAUUAAUAAUACAGUCAACAUUUCAUUCAGGUAGCAAAGGUCCUAGUUCAUCUGGGCAGCAGAUGGAGAUAUUAGCACCUUGUACCACUUAAAGCCUUAGCAACAAUCUCUGAUAUCCCACAAUGGCAGCCAAAUGUUUCUGACUGAACUUUGAUCCCAAAGUUUAGUGCCAAAUGUUUCUCAUGUAAGAGUUAAAUGAACUCCUGUAGUGUCUUUCUGCCGACUUAUUUAUGCUUCUAAUUUAAGUAGAGUAGGGUUUUGCCUGUAAAUGCUUUUAGGUCAUUAUAAUAUGUCCAAUUCAUAGAGUGUAUGUAAAGAUGGAUGACAUGACAGAUCCCCAAAAGUGAAGCCGCGACAUCUCAAUCGCCCCCUGGUGGCUGGCUGUAGUAUCGGUCAUAAUAAAGAUUGCCCUCAUUAUGUUAGUGGAGAGGACACAGGCCAAACUAAAAACUCAGAGCACACGUCAAAUACAUUUUUCUGUCAUUUAAGGUAGUUUUUAUCAUGCUGCUUUAUGUUCAAGUGUUUGUUUUUCGUAUAAGUUUGGUUUUAAUUAGUUAUUUGAUGCUAUAAAACAGGAAUUUUACAACAUGAUUGACAACUGUGUGAGCCAGUUGGUGGGCUUGCAUUCAGUGGCACUGCUUGCAAUCGGUUUGAUGGGUGUAUGCGUGGAAAACUUGUAAUUUUAGCUUCACCUCUGUACAGUGGGGAUAAGUGGAGAUGCAUCGUACAUCUUUAUAUACAGUCUGUGGUCCAGUUCUAAUUCCAUACAAUGAGCACAUAAGCCUCUGCAGAGCCAGGAAGAUCCUGCUCUAUGACUGGACUGGAAGAGGAUUCAGGCAGUUGCAUGGGACAUAUCAUAAUGAACUUGUGUAGAAUUAAGGAGGCAGACUGUGAGCUGGUAAAAGUCCUCGCGCUCAUCAUGCUAUUACUCAUCAUACCCUUACUGCUGCAGCUUUAUUAGCCUUCAUUUCUCUGACCCCUCUGUCAACCAACCAACACCUGUCUGUACUUUCCAAAUCACCUACAGCAAAAUGUGUGUGUGUGUGUGUGUGUGUGUGUGUGUGUGUGUGUGUGUGUGUGUGUGUGUGUGUGUGGUGUAUUUUACUGAGCACUGUAGGUAAAAUAUAUCUGCUGUAUCUCCCUCACUGCUGUGAUAAUUUAUUGAAAGUUGUAUUUAUACAGAAGAGAAAUGACAAUAAAGCAUCACAUGAGUAACUUGA